CGAAAAAUUAUACCAUAGCUUCUCCAUGAGAGACAAUAAGAAUAAAACAGCCACAGAGGAGUAAAGAGAAGGUCGAAAAAGGGAACUCUCAGCCCAGACCAAGACCAAGACCUCCUUUGUUUACCUCCUCCAGCUGUACUUGAGGGUCUUAUUUUUAAGAAACCAAGCAAUCGUAGAGGCCAGUGCAGCAUUGGAAGAGGCAGUCUUACUGCCAACCAACACUUGAUUGUCAAGUCACUCUUCAGGAGCUAACAGUAAACAUGUUCAGCUUCAAUGUGUUCGGGGAGGCCCUGCAGCCCCGCCCCUUCAACACCCAGUACCGAUGCUACUCCGUGUCCAUGUUCCCCGGGGACAAGCAGGCGGUGGAGAAUGGCGGCAAAAUCAUCAUGCCACCGUCAGCGCUGGACGUCCUGACGAGACUCAACAUUGUGUACCCCAUGCUGUUCAAGCUGACCAACCAGCGCGCCAACAGACACACACACUGCGGCGUGCUGGAGUUUGUGGCGGACGAGGGGAAGGUUUACAUCCCUUACUGGAUGAUGAGAAACUUGCUGCUGGAUGAAGGGGAUUUUGUGCACAUUGAGUCAAGAUCUCUCCCUGUUGCCACAUUUUCAAAGUUUGAGCCUCAGAGCGUGGAGUUCCUUGACAUCACCAACCCAAAGGCUGUCCUGGAGAAUGCCCUGCGAAACUUUGCCUGCCUGACCCAGGACGAUGUCAUCGCACUGAGUUACAACGACCGGAUCUAUGAGAUGCGUGUGCUGGAGGUGAAGCCCGGCAACGCGGUCAGCAUCAUCGAGUGUGACAUGAACGUGGAGUUUGCGGCGCCGGUGGGUUAUCAGGAGCCGGAGAAGAUGGACACUUCCUCUCAGCUGCCGGAGGGUGAAAAGGAGGAUAUGAUUCCAGAAAAUGUUGGCUUCUACUCCUUCCAGGGCUCAGGAAACAGACUUGAUGGGAAGAAGAAGAACUUGGAGCUUCCCCAAGAGGAGCUUCUGAAGAGGCUGCCCAGACAAAGAGGCAUCCCGGACUACGAGUACGAGGUGGGCUACAUCAAGUUCUGGCGCCGGAUGCCCAAGACCAACGGCACGGAGAACAAGGUGGAGGAGCAGGAGGAGUUUGAGUCUUUCAAGGGCAAAGGCACGUCAUUGCGGCAAGCCAAGAGCAGGAAGUGAUGGAUGGUUUUCUAACCAUAUUUUUUGGGUCCAAAGUUUCUGGUUUACUGCUAGUAUCUAAGUAUCAUAAGGAGCAUUAUACUAUGUUCUUGAAGGCAGGAGAAUACACUCACACCACAGAAGGUCACCUUGUUAGACGCACCUUUCUCCUUUUCUUCCUGACAAUACUCCCAGAAAUUUUCCUGCGUCUGAGAAGCUCAUAAUCAGCACUCACCUGUCUGUGGAAAAAAAGGUAACUUCCAGCUUAGUUUUAUAGCAGCAUUGUUUUGUGAUAUUUAGAAUUGUCUAUAAUACGGAAAACUUAUAUUUUCGUAAGUGCAUUUAGUUUUAAUGAAAUAUGUAUUGUACUUUUUAUGUUAGUCCAUUUUUAGUUUGCUAAAUUGUAAAAACUUUAGCAUAUUAUUUAGAACCUGCUGAAGCAUUGUUAUUUAGUGCCUAAAUAUUAAAAGUUGUGGUAAAUAAGAUCAAGGUGCAAGGCAGUAAUUUUAUGCCUAGGUGUAUGCAUGCCUGCAACAACUAUCUGGAACCAAUAUUAAAUAACCAAGAAUUUGGUUAUUUAACAGUGUUAAGAAAACAAUUAGGAGUGAUUACCAUGUUAGGUGUUGCAUUAGAAAAGUAAGAUAAAGAAGUUUGAAAGUAUAUUGAGGUAAGUAUUUUAUAAGGUAGGGGAGUGGGUGCUGUGUGAAUGCGAAUACUUCUCACCAUGUGUCACAAGGAGAGGCCAUUAGGAAUGGUUAGAUAACCCCUUGCAUAGGAAUUUUCAUUUCCAUGUAGAUAUGGAAAAUAUAUAAAUUUUCUGUUAUUUUACAUGUGGGAGGAGGCUUUGUUUUAUAUGAAAACUUACUCUGUAUGGGAAGGUAUGUGUUGCAUUGAUGGGCCCAGAGAAGGGAUGAUGGUAUGAAAGAUCCUGUGGAAUGGUGAGGUUGAGAUGUGUGUGAAAGGGAAAUAAGAGGAAGUAUUAGAUUCAUCAUCGGAGAGAACAGCAUAAUAUUACCUUAGCUCAGUAAGUUUGCAUAUAGAUGGUGUUAUAAGAGGAACAGAGACGGGAAUUGACAAGGUCAAGUGUAAUUGUGAGAAGGUGUUUGUAAACUGAAACAGAACACACUUCAUUGCAGAAAUUGGAGAGAGUUUUUAAGUAUAGUAAGUUCAUUAUUAUAUGAUGAAGUGAAUGACGGUAAAUAUAAAUACAAGUAAAUCAUUGGUCUUUCAAAGAGGCAAGAAUGCCAUGAUUUGCUAUGAGAAAGCACAGAAGAGUUAGAUAAGAAACAAAUGUAAUGAAGUCAAAAGAACAAAUCAGGAAAAAGGUGAA